AUGUCCGCUUCUUCCGAGAAGCACUCCUCCUCCUCCUCCUCCUCCUCCUCCUCCUCCUCCUCCUCCUCGCAUGCAGAGCCCAAGCCUCGAUGGUUCUAUGCUCGCGAGGGAGAUUGGACCACCUUCCCUCCAGCUGACGAUUCGGCUCUAGAGGCGCGAUGGCGCGAUCUUGGUGGUGCCGACUGGGCUGCAAAAGUUCAAAAGGAGCUAGAAGCAGAGGAGAAGGAGCGGGAGGAGGAAAGGGAAGAAGAGGAGGAGGAGCAAGAACAGGAGUACGAGGAGGAAAUACAACAUAAGAAGGAGAAAGAGGAAGAAGCUCAGCAGAAGAACAAUACAGAGGGACCCCAGCAGCAGGGCACUUCGUGGGGGUCUCAAUUCCUCAGUCGUUGGUGGUAUGGCGGCGAGGAGGAUCCUAAACCUGGUGUGCUAAAUGAAGACGAUGCGGAGAAGAAGAGGGAAUCGAUGCGCAAUGCUCCUGACUCGACCAAGAAGGACGGUCCAGAUGCCAAGCCUACCAUGAUCGAUGAGGUUCUCGAUCCGGACGAGCCCGAUUCAGCGAGAAGGCACAAGGUCGAGGUUCUAGAGGAUCGGCUCUUCGAUGUAGACUUGCGCAAGAUGCAGCUCUAUCCGGCCUUCUUCAGAGGUAUUCUUCUGCCUGUGAUCAGGAGUACAUGGUUUUACUGGAGUGAGCUCCAGGAUCAGUACGUGCCCAUCCGGUAUGACUCGGACUUGGCAAUAGAUCUGGAGACGGCUUGGAAGGAGAGCCGCGCUUUUGAGCUGAGACAGGACAAGGGGGAGCAGGAAGACGCUGCGUCACAGAGGAAAGAGACUGACUUGCUCGACGUUCGAAGCGAGGAGCAGUCAGGCAAGGGAAAGGUCAAGUUCAUCAGUCCUGUUGAGGGAAAGAUUUUCAGUGAGGACUUUAGGGGAAGGAUGUUGACCCUGGUUGGCGGUGCUACUGUCAUCCGAGGCUUCGAAGAAGUUGAGCGUCGAGCCAAGCUCGCAAGAGGCAGCCACUUCUUCAGCCUGCCGAACAUGCCUUGGGAGAGCGAACAAGACGACGAGGCCGCUGUGAAACAGGCUGCAGGCACGAGCGGCAAAGCAGGAGCCGCUCAACCUGAUGACGGCAAGUCUGCUUCGGCGGACGACGGGAAGGACGGAAAAGGCGAAAAGUCGGGAAAGUCAUCCAAGAAGAAUCACGAGGAAGCCAAGCAUACCCAGAAGCAGAAGAAUACCGAGGAAGGAACCAAGCCUGGCAAUGACAUCCGAGACACUGGCAAAAAGUCGGCUUCGGCGUCGUCACACGCACAGGAUAUCUCUGCGCCAGAGAAGAACAAAGACUCAAGUGAGGCUGAGGCCAAUGAUGUGGACGACAGCAGUGAGGCAGAAGAGUUGCAAGAGACGCUCGACGCCGAAUCUAGCGUCGACAACGAGGCUCUCAAGGAUGACGCAGUACAUCUCAUACUUGUCAUUCACGGCAUUGGUCAAGGGCUCACAGACACCUUCGAAUCUCUCGACUUCACUUAUGACGUUCAGAAGAUCCGCAAACUCUCCGCCAAAAUCGCUCAGGAGCCUACGAUCCGCAAGCUUGGCAAAGGCAGACGGGUGCAAUACAUCCCGGUUUGCUGGAGACGAGACUUGGACCUGACUCACGAGUCAGAAGAGAAUGACAAUCACUUCGGUCUCGAAGAUGUGACAAACGACGCUACGAUCCCCUUUGUACGAAACCUCGUCAGCAAAGUGAUCCUGGAUGUGCCCUACUAUCUCUCCUCCAUUCACAAGCCAAAGAUGGUCGCAGCUGUCUUGAAUGAGCUGAAUCGGGUCUACAGACUCUUCGUUCGAAGAAACCCCGACUUCCUCGAAAAGGGAGGCAAGGUCAGUUUCAUCUCUCACUCUCUUGGAUCUUGCUUUACUGCCGACAUCCUGUCAUCACAGCCCACAACUGUUCCGUCCAUCGCGCAGAUGAGCAAAGAGGAGAUCCAGGAGCAGUCGACGAAGCGACUUCUUUUCAAUGUCCAGGACGUCUUCCUCGUCGGCUCUCCUCUGGGACUCUUCUUGCUCCUUGCUGGAGGUCAGCUCAUUGCCCGUAAGGUGCCCCGCAACGCCAACAUUGGCGAAGAGUCUUCUUUGGAUCUCAAGGGUCUAGCAGAGAAGGAGGAAGAGAGCGAAGUGAAGUACGGCUGUAUGGCCUUCCAUGGCAACCUCUUCAACCUCUACAAUGCUUCCGACCCAGUAGCCUACCGUCUGAAUGCUGCUGUGGACCGGAGGUAUGCUCGGCUGCUGAACCCGCUACCCCUUCCUGGUGCGGUGAAUGCAAUCAUGGACGCUCUGAAGAAGCCGAGGGUAGCUAUUUCGAAGCUAUUCGAUCCUGCGCACCCCUUCAAGGGUUCGAAGAACUACAAGGAAGCGACGUCUACUCAGAAUGCGCCCAAGGGGGACCAAAAUGAUGCUGAUGGCGAGCAAGAUUCGGACAUGGAUCGCUAUGCAGAGACAAUGGAUGAUCUGCCUGGCUUUGGUGAGGACGCCAAUCGACGGCACAAGACUGCUGCCUAUGCCAUUGCGCGAGCUCUUUCGUCCUCUGAAGAAGAGCACAGUGAUGUAGAGUCGGCAGAGGAGCAGCAGAAGAGGUCAAAGGCUGCUCAGCCUGUGCAAUUGGAAGAAGGCACUCAGGGCAAGGAAGCUCUGCCUGAACGUAUCUUGGCCAAAGAGCGGGAAGAGGAGGAGCGCAAGACAAAGAAGAAGGCAAAGAAGCAGAAGGCGAAACAGGACGAACAAGACAAGGAGGAGGCCAGCAAGUCGCUCGACCUUGAUCACCUGAUCAGGGCCGAGAGACGCUUCCGUGCGCUGAACAGACACGGCUGCAUCGACUUCUACUUCAAUACUACCCCAGCAAACACCCCUGCGAUGAUGGGAGAGUACAUCUCUAUGCUCUCGGCUCACAACAAUUACUGGAACAGUCCGGCGCUGGUGAAUCUCAUUCUCACACAGGUCUGGGCAGAGGAGGAUGUGGCGGCCCAAGAUGCGGGCGAGGCGAGGAUGGAGGAGAGCAAGAAGAGGGCUACAGAAGGGUCCAGGGUAGGCGCUGAGCUCGGAGCGCGGGUGUCCCUGGUUCCCAGUGUGGCAAAGUAGAAGCAUGCAUGGACUCUUGAAAUUAGACGGACAAUUAGUAGCGUAGUGCAGUUCCCGUCAGAGGUUGUGUAUCAUACAAUAGAAGCAGUGGGACCAUACCUUG